AUGAAAGCAAUGGUGUGUGCUCUUGCCCUGGCCGCCGUCCUGGCCGUUGCCAAUUGUGCUCCGUACCAAAUUGCGUACCUGAUCCCGGUCGAUGCCCCGGUGGCCCGUGUCGCUCGUGCCGCACAGUUCAGCGGCAGUGCAGCUAACGCCGGCGCUCAGUCAUUCAACGCGGGUGGUUUCCCCGGCUUCGGUGGAUUCUCUGGCUCGGCCGCUAACGCUGCCUCGCAGUCGUUCACCUCCGGCGGUGGAUUCCCCGGCCAUGGUGGCUUCUCGGGCUCUGCUGCCUCGGCCGGCGCUCAGUCCUUCUCGGGCGGUUCCGGAUUCCCAGGAUUCGGUGGAUUCAGCGGCUCGGCAGCCAACGCCGGUGCUCAGUCGUUCAGCGGUUAA